AUGGAGCACGAUGGCCCUCAUCGGGAAGUGGUGGUUUCCCUAGGCCAUCGAUAUAUCUUUGGCGAUUGCCAUCAAAGGAUCAUGGCACUGUGCCUCAAAGAAAAAACAGGACCUCGAACGCUCCCGUGCACCACCACGUCCUUACAAGAUAUUGACUCAAUGAAUGAUGAGACAUUUGGGUCUUUUAAAUUAUCAAAUGAGGAUACAACAGAAGAAGAAAGGAAGCGGAGGUCAUCGAUUUUGUCUCACAUUGGCCUGUAUGCGGCGUCUUGGGAGUUGAUGAGAAAAGAGCAACACAAGGCAAUGCAUGGAAAGAAGGAUGGUCCUGAUAUCCUAAAGAAGAAUCCCAGUAAUGAUAUCAUUUCACAGUUACAGACAUCUACUGCAAAGGCAAAUGCCAAAACUAAAAAUGAGGAGUUAAAUGGUUCCUUAGUAUGCUCAUAUCAGCAAGAUACCACUAAACCAUCUUCAGUUCUACUAGCUCCUGCAGCCAUGCCGCUUGUCCUGCCGAGUUUUGCAAAUGCACUUGGACAAGAAACUUCAGCCACAGUCAUCUAA